AGGAUUUGGCGCGAACUCGUCUGUUGUUGUGCUGCGUUGCCGUCGCUGUCAGAGAGCGAACGAUAGCAGUCUGAUAGUCAUGGCUCCUGUGUCAAACUCAGACAAAGACGUGGACGCUCAGGAUGGCGCUGACGGCGGUGAUGACUGUGGUCUGGCCAAGUCUCGCUCCAGGCGGGAGAAGAGGGAGAAGGUGGGCAGAAAGUCUGCGCUUGAGCAAAUCAAGAAAGCCAAGAUGGGAGAGAAGAUUAAAUACGAGGUGAAGGAGUUUGCCAGCGUGUACGAGGAGGUGGAUGAGGAUCAAUACUCAAAGAUGGUACGAGAUAGGCAAGAGGACGACUGGAUUAUCGACGAUGACGGUACUGGAUAUGUUGAGGAUGGACGAGAAAUCUUUGAUGAUGAUUUGGAUGAAGAUGUGGUGGAAAAGAAAGGUAAAGGAGGAAAUAAAGGAGCAGAGUCAAAGAAAAGUAUGAAGAAACCUGUUGUAGCCAAGAAUAACACCAUAAAGAGCCUCUUCAUGAACAGCAAUGUCAAAAGGCCCUCAGAGAAAGAUGUUGAUUUGUCCAAAGAUGACUUGUUAGGAGAUAUCUUACAGGACCUGCACUCUGAGAAACCAGCUCUUCUGGGCCCUCCGCCAGUGGUCACUCUAAAGAAGAGGAAGUCCGUAGGAUCCCCCAUGAAUCCCUUCUCCCUCAAACCACAGAUGCGAAAGGCGUCUCCCUCACCUGCGGGGCCAAAGGCCAGAGUGAUCGGGCCUCCACCUGCAGACCCCACUCCCUCUCCGUCAGCGCACCGUCCUCCCUCCAAACCAGCGCCGUCUCGGGAAAAGCCUCAGGUGGAGGAAGAGGAGCUGAAGAAAGAGGAAGAGAAUGACACAUUAGCAUUUGAUGGGGUGGAUUUUGAUGAACCGAUGGAGAUUGGGAUUGAGGAGGAAAAAGCGGUUAAAGAGGAUCCCGAACCGCAACCUAAAGCAGCGUCGGAGGUGGCCUCAGCUAAAGUCCAGCCAAAAGCCAAGCCUCUUGAUCCCUUUGUCUUGGGAGUUGGAGGCUCUUGGGGUCAAGAUGAGGAUGCAGGAGUCAGUGAAGCUCCUGCAGACGUGCAGGUGGACUCCAGCCGGCUCCCACUGGUAGAGGGGACGGAUGGAGACCAGGUCUUUCGCUUCUAUUGGUUGGACGCCUUUGAAGACCCGUACAACCAACCAGGUGUGGUCUACCUGUUUGGGAAAGUGUGGAUCGAGUCAGCGAAGUCUCACGUCAGCUGCUGCGUUACUGUAAAGAACAUCGAGCGGACCAUGUACCUGCUUCCUCGUGAAUAUAAAACAAAUCCCAAAACUGGCGAGGUAUCCGACACACCAGUGGGGAUGAUGGAUGUUUACCAGGAGUUCAACGACCUCUCUGAGAAGUUUAAGAUUAUGAAGUUCAAAUCUAAGAAAGUGGAAAGGAACUAUGCUUUUGAAAUCCCUGAUGUGCCCAGUCAGUGCGAGUACCUGGAAGUCAGAUACUCUACGGAGUACUCCACCCUGCCGUCUGACCUUAAGGGGACAACUUUUUCCCAUGUUUUUGGGACUAACACUUCCAGUCUGGAGCACUUCCUCCUCGGCAGGAAAAUUAAAGGCCCUUGUUGGUUGGAUAUCAAGACGCCUCAGCUGAUGAACCAGCCCGUCAGCUGGUGUAAAGUGGAGGCUCUCGCUGUGAGGAGCGACUUGGUCAACGUGAUCAAAGACAUUCCUCCUCCUCCCAUCACUGUCAUGUCCAUCAGCCUCAAGACUGUCCAGAACCCCAAGACGCACCACAACGAGAUUGUGUCUCUUGCUGCACUUAUCCACUAUCAAUUCCAUAUGGAUAAAGCUCCUCCCAAACCUCCAUAUCAGACCCAUUUCUGUGUGGUCAGUAAACCUGUCGACUGCAUCUUCCCUUAUGACUUCAAAGAUGCUGUGAGGAAGAAGAACGGUAAAGUGGAGAUUGCUGCUACGGAGCGGACUCUGCUCGGCUUCUUCUUGGCCAAGAUGCACAAGAUUGACCCUGAUGUACUUGUGGGUCAUGACAUCUUUGGUUUUGAUCUGGAAGUUCUUCUGCAGAGGAUCAAUGCAUGCAAAGUUCCCCACUGGUCAAAGAUUGGACGCCUCAGGAGGGCCAAUAUGCCCAAAUUAGGGGGCCGUGGUUCCUUUGCAGAGAAGAGUGCUACCUGCGGCCGUCUGGUGUGUGACGUGGAAAUCUCAGCUAAAGAGCUGAUUCGCUGUAAAAGCUAUCAUCUGACCGAGCUCACCUCACAGGUGCUCAAGAUGGAGAGAGUCGCAGUCCCUCAGGAGGAAAUCAAAAAUCUCUACAGUGACUCUCCUCACCUGCUGUACCUGUUGGAGUUGACGUGGACCGAUACCAAGCUGAUCCUCCAGAUCAUGUGUGAGCUCAACGUGCUGCCGCUCGCCCUGCAGAUCACCAACAUCGCUGGCAAUGUCAUGUCUCGAACUCUGAUGGGCGGCCGGUCUGAGAGGAAUGAGUUCCUGCUGCUUCACGCCUUUCAUGACAAAAACUACAUUGUCCCCGACAAACUGUCCUUUAGAAAGGCCCAGCUGGAGAUGGCUGAGGGAGAAGACGAUAUGGACGCUGGGAAAGGCAAGAGGAAGAAAAAGGCGGCCUAUGCUGGAGGUCUGGUUCUGGAUCCGAAAGUUGGUUUCUACGACAAGUUUGUGCUGCUCCUUGACUUCAACAGCUUGUAUCCCUCAAUCAUCCAAGAGUUCAACAUCUGCUUCACCACCGUGCAGCGGGAGGCUCACAACGCAAAGAAGAAGAGGACGGACGAAGAUGAUCACGAGGAAAUUCCCGAGAUCCCAGAUCCCGACCUGGAAAUGGGGAUCCUGCCCAAGGAAAUUAGGAAGUUGGUGGAACGACGUAAACAAGUCAAAACGCUCAUGAAACAGCAAGACAUCAACCCAGAUCUCUACAUGCAGUACGACAUCCGUCAGAAAGCCUUGAAACUGACGGCUAACAGUAUGUACGGCUGCUUGGGGUUCAGCUACAGCCGCUUCUAUGCAAAGCCACUUGCUGCCCUGGUCACACACAAAGGUCGAGAGAUUCUAAUGCACACCAAGGACAUGGUUCAGAAGAUGAAUCUGGAGGUGAUCUAUGGAGAUACUGACUCCAUCAUGAUCAACACCAACAGCAAGUCACUGGAGGAAGUCUUCAAACUUGGAAAUAAGGUAAAGGCAGAAGUGAACAAGCUCUAUAAACUCCUGGAGAUUGACAUUGAUGGCGUGUUUAAGUCGCUUUUGCUGCUCAAGAAGAAGAAAUAUGCAGCCCUAUUGGUUGAGCAUCACGGGGAAGGCCGGUUCAGUGUGAAGCAGGAACUCAAAGGCUUGGACAUCGUCCGCAGGGACUGGUGUGACCUCGCCAAAGAAUGUGGCAACUAUGUGAUUGGUCAGAUCUUGUCAGACCAGAGCCGUGACGUCAUCGUGGAAAACAUCCAGAAACAUCUUGUGGAGGUCGGAGAGAAAGUAGCCAACGGAGACAUUCCUCUCAACCAGUACGAGAUACACAAGGCCCUGACGAAGGAUCCUCAGGACUACCCUGAUAAGAAGAGUCUCCCCCACGUCCACGUAGCUCUGUGGAUCAACUCGCAGGGGGGUCGCAGAGUCAAAGCUGGAGAUACUGUAUCUUACCUCAUUUGCAAGGACGGCUCCACGUUGGCCGCCAGUCAGAGAGCGUACGCGUUAGAGCAGCUCCAGAAGCAGGAGGGUCUCAGCCUGGAUACGCAGUACUACCUGGCCCAGCAGGUCCAUCCCGUGGUGUCUCGCAUCUGUGACCCCAUUGAAGGCUUCGACAACGUGCUCAUAGCUACAUGGCUGGGUCUGGACCCGACUCAGUUCAGAUCCCAGCAGCAGUAUCAGCGGGAGGAGGAAACAGACGCCACGCUGGGAGUGCCAAUCCAGCUGACCGACGAGGAGCGUUACAAAGACUGCGAGAGGUUUACGUUCACCUGCCCUGGGUGCGGGACUGACAACAUCUACGACAACGUCUUUGAAGGAGCGGGCACCAACGUGGAGCCCAGUUUGUUGCGGUGCUGCAACAACGAUUGUAAGAUUCAGCCCGUUGACUACAUGGUCAACAUCCGCAACAAACUUCUCCUCGACAUCCGGCGCCACAUCAAAAGAUAUUACUCUGGCUGGUUGGUGUGUGAGGACCAGGCCUGCCAGAACAGGACGAGGCGUCUGCCCGUCGCCUUCUCCCGGCACGGACCCAUCUGUCCCGCCUGCAGCAGAGCUACGCUCAGGCCCGAGUACUCGGAGAAGGCCCUGUACAACCAGCUCUGCUUCUACAAAUUCCUCUUCGACUGGGACUACGCAGCAACCAAAAUACUAACAAGUGAUGAAAGACACAACCUGAAGCGGUUUAGCCGUGAAAAGGAGGACUACGGGAAGCUGAAGGAGGUGCCGGACAAAGCCUUGGCAGCCAGCAGCUACUCGGAGAUCAACCUGUCCAAACUCUUCCAAGCUUUCUCAUCCCUCAAAUAAAAAUGACUCGUUCACAGAGACUGCACCGCCGACGUGAAGGUGGAGGUUCGCCCAUCUGACCACAUGAGGGUUUGGUUUGACAGACGUGCUGUUGGUGUUGUAAGACUUUGCUCUGAUGUGGCUCCUACCUCGAGCUAAUGGGCUUGUUAUAUACGUUUAAACACCGAUCACACCUUCCACUCGUCCAGUUUCUCUCACGCAGACUCCUGACUUAACCUCAUCACAGCAGCAAUCAUACCUAAAUGACAGUCUAUUGUAUGUGCAAAGGCGAGUUGAGGCGAGAUAUUUGUGUGCGUGAGGGGUAAAACUGACUCCUCUUCAGAGCCGCCUGGCCACUCCAGCAGCAGCUAAUUAGCCAAUGAUAGUGACCCGAGCCGCAGAGACCGCCGGCUGCCCGCCGCGCUCGGACACUUGUUCUGAUUGCCACCAUUCAUCGCGUGCGAGUGUGACGAGUGCGUGUCAGAUCGCUGGAUGAAAGAAAGGAGUGCGAUGGACGCAGGGAGUGGCGGGGUGAGGAAGGCCACACGUGCUGCUCCUCCGCUCUUUUGUCCCCGUAUCGAACAGCUGAUCCUCUUCUCCUCCACUGCCUCUGUUUAACUGAUGUCAUCUCAUCCCUUUCAUCCUUUUUUUUUUCCUCUUCCUCUCCCUUAAAAUUGAGCGUUGAGGCAUGUAAUUUUAUAUGUAUUAGAGUUUUUCAUGUUUCAUUAGGGUGCCCGUCUUUUUGUAAUAAGCAGAAUGUUUCAUAUUGGGUAUUUUGAUAUUGAUUUUAAUGUUUUUGAUACUGAAACCUCAAUAAAAGA